CCCGCAUCUUCUGUCAAAUUCAGUUUUUGACCAUUGACCAUUUUUUCUCAACUUCAAUUAAUAAUAUUAGAAAUCAAGACUUGUCUCAGACAAUUAAGAAUUGAAUAAGAGUUUCAAUAAUAUGACUUCUGUAAAAAUACUUGGCAAUAAGGUUUUAAAGCCCUGCAGUGGAACUAUUAGUUUCGCUAUAGUGAGAACAAACAGCUAUAGUACAGAAACAAAAACUUACAAUUUAUCAGCUUUAAAGAGAGGUACAGGAGGUAGAUCUAGUUUCAAUGGAAUUGUUGCUACGGUAUUUGGUUCAACUGGCUUUACAGGUCGUUAUAUUGUGAACAGAUUGGGAAAAAUUGGCACUCAGAUGAUUCUUCCUUAUCGUGGUGAUACAUUAAAUAUCUUGAGACUCAGAGUAGCAGGGGACUUGGGUCAGAUAUAUUUCACUCCUUAUAACUUAAAGGAUGAAGAUUCUUUAAGGAAAGCUGUUAAAUAUUCAAAUGUUGUUGUAAAUUUAGUUGGACGAGACUGGGAAACAAAGAAUUUCAAAUUUAAAGAUGUUCAUGUUGAUGGAGCCCGUAGAUUAGCAAGAAUUGCUAAAGAAUGUGGAGUGGAUAGGUUCAUCCAUAUUUCUGCCCUAAAUGCUUCUGAUAACCCUAUAGGUCAUGUUUUACCUAAAGGUUCAGACUUUUUAAGGAGCAAAUAUGAUGGUGAAAUUGCUGUUCUCGAAGAAUUUCCUGAAGCCACCAUAUUUAGGCCUUCUGACAUAUAUGGCCAAGAAGAUAGAUUUUUGAGGUAUUAUAUUCAUCCUUGGAGGAGACUUGAUCAAUAUAUGCCUGUUUGGAAAAAGGGAGAAGCAACUAUAAAGCAACCUUGCUAUGUAGGAGAUUUUGCAGCAGGAGUUGUUGCUGCAAUCAAGGAUUCAGAUACAAAAGGAAUGAUUUAUCAAGCUGUUGGACCUAAGAGAUAUUAUCUAUCCGAACUUUUGGACUGGUUUUAUAGAGUGAUGAGAACAGAUAAAUUUGUAAGGUAUCCUAUGGAAUAUGAUCCACUAUUCUCACUCAAGGUGAAUAUCACCAAUCGCUUGAGUCCUGGUUUCCCAGCUGCAAAUUUGCAUUGGGAGCGAAUCGAACGAGAAUGUGUAACUGAUGAAGUUAAGAGAGAUAUGCCAACUUUAGAAGAUUUAGGAGUUACGCUUACUCAUAUGGAAGAUCAAAUUGCUUAUGAAUUGAGACCUUGGACACAUGGAAUUUACCAUGGAGUAGAUGCAGAUGAACCUACACCUAGAGCAGAACCCCCUAAAGUAGUUCUGUGAAUUAAUUGAAAUUUUAAAAUGUACAGUUAUGAAUCCAAGGAAAAAUUAUAAAAGUUUACAAAGAUCA